AUGGACGUCAUAAAAAUAGCUAAGGUUGAGGAAGUUUAUAUGGAGAAGGGUCAGACAACUACUGUUGGAACCCUCCAUUUGACUACUCACCAGUUGUUCUUUAAUUCCCCCAACGAAGAACUAUGG